AUGGGCUUUUCCAGUGAAUGGCUGGAACGGUCCUAUUUGGCGUGGCGACUUUCGACAAGCGCCAGACUCGUGCGCGCGGUGCUGUGCGUGACGUCGGCGUGCGCUCUUCUGCGCACCGUCGGCCACGUGCCGACGCCGUUCGCCAUCUGGACGUCGUCGAUUCUUCUAGUGUCGACGAUCGCCGUCGUCUUCCACAUCGUGCGUCCGAAGCGCACGGCGGCGUUCGAGGUGUGCGCCGCGCUCGUGCUGGCGCUCGACUUCGUCGUCUCGCUGCCCGACGCCUACUCGGCCCUCUUGCCCGCCGUCAUCCUCAUCUACGUCACCUACGCGUUCGUCGCGUUCCCGUUUUAUUCGGUGUUGGCCGUCGCCACCAUCGUCUCCGUCGUGCACACGUGCGCCUUCGUCAUCGUCGUCGAGCCGCUUCACACCAAUGAGAUUCUCGCCGUCAUCGUCGUGCACGUUUGGACGAACUUCACCGGCAUCUAUUUGUGUUCGACGUGCGAUCGAAUCGCGCGCAACGCGUUCCUGUCGGCGCGCAAUUCGGCCGAGGCCGAGAGCGGCGCCGAUUUGCAGAGCGGCCGACUCAGUCGACUUUUGUCGGCGUUUUUGCCUUAUCACCUCAUCACUCAUGCCAGACAUCAAAUCACGCUCUACAAACCGCAUUUGUACAAUGAGCAUUAUUCCGAGGUUUCUGUCGCUUACGGAAGACUUUUGGGAUUUGAGAAUGUUCUCGGCCAGUGCUCGUCCAUUGAUGCCGCGCGCGUUUUGAAGGAGCUCGAUGCACGAAUUGAUCGACUCGCCGCGGUGAAUGGCUGCACGCGGAUCGCAUCUGAAGGAAUUACAGUGGUGUGCUCAAUUCCAGGAAUCGAUUCGCAACACGCGGCGAAAUUGUGUCGUUUCGGACUCGAACUCGAAACACUCAUCAAUUCGUUUCGGGACGCCACCGGAGCCGAUGUCUCGGUGGCGUUGGCCAUUGACAGCGGAAGCAUCACCGCCGGCGUCGUCGGCACCCAAAAAUGGCACUAUGACGUCAUCGGACGUACGGUUGACAACGCGCUUCUGAUGCAAAGCAACGUCGAUGAGCCCGGCGUCUACGUUUCGUCGGAAACGCGAAAAUUUCUCGGCAACGAGUUUGACAUUGAGAAAUGCGCGAUCGGUUGGAAAUUGCACGCCAAUCUGCCGUCGACCGAAAAUUUUCCCGUCAACAAACGAUUCUCGAUGAUGACCGUACCUCAGGCGGUCAAUCGUGUUCUUCAAUCGAUCACCGCCAUGGAUCAGACGCUGAAGACGGUCGGCACGUCGAAAAAACGAAAAUCGGAGAGAUCGCGCGAGAAGUUCGACAUGAGCCAACAGAAGAACGACACGAUCAUCACGUUUUUCGCGCAAAAAUUCCGAAAUCGCGGAUUAGAGGACGAGUACCACAAAGAGACGGACCAUUGGUUCAUUCCGUCGAUAGCGAUCUCGAUUUUCUUUCUCGUCGUCUACGGAAUCUAUCAUAUGCUAGUUAUGCCAAGAUUGAUCGCAAGCCUCGCGUUGAUCGUCAUCGCGCUCACCCUAAUGUUUUUUAUUCUCCUCAUGCUCUACAUCGACUAUUUCCAAAGUUUUUCGCAAUUCAUCACGCGCACCUCGGCGGGCCACGCCGUCACCAUUCUCCUCAUCAUCACCAUUUUGUUUCUGUGCGGAAUUGUGAACACGUUUUCAUGCCCUCAACCAUCGGCUUUUGAUGUGUGCCAGAAGGCGCACUUCUCGACGUUCUCAUUCGCCAUGUGGACCAUCACAACCGCCGUUUUCAUUCGAUUCCCGUCGAUCUAUUUGGGCGUGUUGCUCAUCAUUUCGCUCAUCACCUAUGCUCUUCAAAUUUUCGCGACGAGACCCGAUCGAUUUGGACCAAAAGAAUUCACGACCGAACUCGACCUGUGCUGCUAUCUCAUCUCGCUAUCGAUAAUGGUGUUCGCGCACACGCGUCGCUGCGAGAAAUUGCUUCGCCUCGACUUUCUCGCCGUCGUCAAAGGCGUCGAGGAGACGGCGAGCCGCGACAAAUUGGCGACGCUCAACAACUCGAUGCUGCUCAACGUGGUGCCGGCGCACGUGGCGCCCGCCGUCCUCCAGAAGACGGCCGCCGGCGGCGACGUCUGGCACCAUUCGCAUCAGACCGUCGGCGUCGCCUACAUCGCCGUGUCGGGCUUCGAGCUCGACGGCGACGACGGCAUGACGGCGUUGAACUAUGUGUUCGCGCAUUUCGAUCGCGCCAUCGCCGACUACAAGGGUGUCGAGAAGGUGAAAAACGCCAAUCGAUUCUAUAUUGUUGCCGUUGGAUUGGUGCCGGACGCCGCGCAAAACGUGAACGAGACGCCGUGGACGAUCGGCGAGCUUCUGUACUCGUUGUCGAACUUCGUGUUGAGCGUCACGCGAUUCGCCAUCGACAACGCGUUCCACGUGCAGAUCGGCAUCGAUUGCGGCGCGUGCGUCGCCUACGUGGCGAACACGGAAGCGCCGCGCUACGAGCUGUUCGGCGAGACGCUCGAACGCAGUCGAACGCUGAUGCAGGCGGCCGGACACGAGACGACGCUCGUCUCCGAGGACGUCUACCUCGCGUUGCGUCCGCGGCCGCUUCAAUUCGGCGCCGACAAGCUGACGGUGACGUCGCGCCUCAACGCCUACGAGCUCGUGUUGUCGGACGCUCGUCGCGACGCCGCCUCCGUCGAGAUGCCGACGAUGCCGCGCGAGGAGCAAGAGCGCCACACGCAGGGAAUGGUCGACGCGCAACUCGCGUCGCACUCGAGAAUCUACGAUACGCAAACGUCGGAGAUGGCCUCGUCGAUGGCCUCGUCGUUCUCGUCCGAGCUUCGAUCGAUCGACGGCGACGCCGAAACCGAUUCCGAUCUGGAAUGGGUGACACCCGAAACGGCGUUGAUGAAUCGCGGCGAGAGCCGACCGAAGUAUGUGCUGCGACAAUCGGACUACGAUCCGUAUCGCGAGCCGGGCCGCGAGUACCAAUCGGCGACCGACGCAUCCGACGUCGAGGGUGCCAACUCGCGGAGUCGAACAAGCUCCCGAAUGAGCUACCGCCGCGGAUGGCGCGCGUCGUCGAAAAGCUCGCUUCGCAACGGCUUCGGCCUAUUCCAGAAGCGCGCGUCGUCGGCGGACGCCGUCAAUCAGAUCGAGGCGGCGGCGUCGCGCGUGGAUCGAAUGAUUCAGGAGUUGAACGCGUACGGCGAUUUCGCCGACGUCAAACCGCUCGAGUACCAGCCGUUUCCCAACACCGUCUAUCAUCACGGCUCGUUGAGCUCGAUGAAUCGCGCGAUGAGCUCGGCGUGUCAUACCGAGUACGACAACGCCGAAUCGGAAUUCGAGCAGCAGUUGUCGGAAGGCGGCGACGAUGGCGAUGGCGUUGCGAUGGCGGCGGCGGCGACGCGCCGUCGACGACGACGAGGCGACGCGGCGAGGCGUUGGCGUCGCGACGCCACCGACGGCGACACCGAAUCGCAAUGCUCGUCGAGUAUGGCGAGCGUCGAGUUGGCGUCGACGACGCGAUGGGCGUCGGCGCACUCGAUCGGCUACGAGAACGAGUACGAACUGCGAAGCGACGCCGACGCCGACGGCGGUCUCGCCAUCGACGAGAUGAUCGCACUGUCGCGCGACAUUCGCAACAACUUUGGCGAUUUUCAGCUGGCCACGUUUGACGACGUCGAUCAGCAAUGA